UCCUAAGUAAUUUAACGUUAAAUUUCGCUAUAAAAUGCUGGCGUAUCCAACUAUUCGGUCUCUUUGAAAGUCCUUCGGCCCCGAAAUGUCUCACCGCAAGUUCUCUGCUCCCCGCCACGGGUCACUGAGCUUUCUGCCAAGGAAGCGCAGUAGACGCCAUCGUGGUAAAGUGAAGGCUUUCCCUAAGGAUGACCCAUCUAAACCAGUUCAUCUGACUGCCUUUAUGGGUUACAAGGCUGGUAUGUCUCACAUUGUGCGCCAGGUAGAUCGGCCAGGAUCAAAAAUGAACAAGAAGGAAGUUGUUGAGGGAGUGACCAUUGUGGAGACACCUCCUAUUGUGGUUGUUGGUGUAGUUGGAUACAUUGAGACUCCACGAGGGAUGCGAUCACUUAAGGUGGUUUGGGCUGAGCAUCUCAGUGAUGAAUGCAAGCGACGCUUCUACAAGAACUGGUAUCGCUCCAAGAAGAAGGCUUUCACAAAGGCUUCCAAGAAGUGGGCCGAUGAUGCCGGUAAAGCUGAGAUUGAGAAGGACUUGAAGACCAUGAAGAAAUACUGCAAAGUCAUCCGUGUCAUUGUCCACACUCAGAUGAAACUGAUGAACCAGCGUCAGAAGAAGGCUCAUAUCAUGGAGGUUCAACUGAAUGGUGGUUCCAUCGCUGACAAGGUGGAAUGGGCCAAGGAACACCUGGAGAAGCAGACUAGAGUCACUGAGGUCUUUGCACAGGAUGAGAUGCUCGAUGUCGUUGGAGUCACCAAAGGAAAGGGAUUCAAGGGUGUGACCUCUCGAUGGGGUACCAAGAAGCUUCCCCGUAAGACCCACAAAGGUCUACGUAAGGUAGCUUGUAUUGGUGCCUGGCAUCCUGCUCGUGUUGGUUAUGGUGUUGCCCGUGCUGGUCAGAAAGGCUACCAUCACCGCACUGAGGUUAACAAGAAGAUCUACCGCAUUGGAGAAGGUUACCACAUGAAGGAUGGCAAGCUGAUCAAGAACAACGCUUCAACUGAUUAUGAUAUCACUGAUAAGAGCAUCAACCCAAUGGGUGGCUUUCCCCAUUAUGGUGAGGUGAAGAAUGACUUCUUGAUGCUGAAGGGAUGUAUUAUGGGCCCCAAGAAGCGCGUCGUCACCCUGCGUAAAUCUAUGUUGGUCCAUACCAAGCGCAAGGCUCUUGAGAAGAUCACUCUGAAGUUCAUUGACACAACCUCCAAGUUUGGUCACGGACGCUUCCAAACUCAUGAGGAGAAGAAGGCUUUCAUGGGCCCUCUGAAGAAGGACCGUAUCAAGGCAGAGCAAGCCUCCACUUAAAGAUAUCAUUCUUAUUGAUCAUCACUCAGUUAAAUACUUCCAAAGGUUCUCACUUUAUUCUUAUUUCAGAUCGACAAGAAAUUAGUUGCUGUUUAUUGUAUAGCCGCAUAUUACAUAAUAAAGUGGAAAAAUCACCCUCUUUUGAAGGUGUUUAAAUUUAAGCUAGCACAACAUUCAACAAGUUUAUUCAAAAGAAUGGUUAAUUCCAUUUUGUUCUAAUCUAACAGUAUUGAUAUAACUUGUUUUACCCAGUUUGAUCAAAAUUACAUUUCAUAUUUGACAAAAAGCAAUCUUCCAUUAAGAACACAAUUUGUCUGAAACAGUCAGUAAGGGUUGAUGCCUAGCAGAAGUCAAGGUUUUCUUUCUGAAACGAUUGCUUUUCCAUGUCCACUUUCUCAUCUCAAUGAAAAAAGACUGCAGUGUUUGUUCAAUGAUAUGAUAAAAACAUGUAACAUCAGAGAUGCCUCAAUCGGAAGGAGAAUAAUAAAGAUAAACAAUCUGAUCAUAAAA